UGGUGGCGACCAGUGGCGAUGGUAGCGUUGUCAUGACGAUCAGUGGCAAAUGGCGAUUUAUGUUGUUUGAUGCCAAGUAGUAAUAAUUUUAUGCUCGAGAAUUGUGCAUUUAUAUUACUAUGUCAAAAGCUAAAAUUUCAGCGGAAUGGAGGAAGAGAGUAAAAUCGGAGUAUAUGCGAUUGCGGCAGAUGAAACGUUACAAACGAGCGGACGAAGUCAAAAUCGCGUGGAACCAGAAUCGCAAGGUUAUGACUGAUCUUCUUGUGGCUGAACAAAAACGCUGGACAGAUGGAAAAGCAAUGUGGCUGGCAAUACAAGACAUUCCACCUCAUCUUUCUUGUAUGAAAAAAGCUGAAAUUACUAGUCCUGACGGCGAUGUACAAAGUUGUCCUGUAAAGAUAAUUAAUGCAGUGACACCUAUACCGACCAUGUACACAUGGGCUCCUAUUCAACAGAACUUUAUGGUGGAGGAUGAAACCGUUUUACAUAACAUUCCUUAUAUGGGUGAUGAAAUUUUGGAUCAAGAUGGCACUUUUAUUGAAGAACUUAUAAAAAAUUAUGAUGGAAAAGUCCAUGGUGACAGAGAAUCUGGUUUUAUGGAUGACUCCAUUUUCGUUGAUUUGGUGAAUGCUCUAGCAAAUUACGAAAAAGAUGAUAAGGACAGAGAACAACUAAAAAAAGGGAAGGAGUCUUUAAAGGAGAAAGAAAAUCAAAGGGAAAACGAGAAGAAGGAUAUUGAAAUAAAAUCUGAAGUCAAGUUAGAAAAAAAUGAAUAUGGAAAGACAGUGGCUACUCCGUUUCCAUCGAUGCAUAUAUUUAAUGCAAUAUCGAGCAUGUUUCCCGAUAAAGGAAGACCAGAAGAAUUAAAAGAAAAGUAUAUUGAAUUGACUGAGAGAUCUGAUCCAAAUGUUUUACCGCCAGAGUGUACACCUAAUAUAGACGGUAUAAAUGCAAGAAGUGUACCUAGGGAACAAACAAUGCAUUCUUUUCACACUUUGUUUUGUAGAAGAUGCUUCAAAUACGACUGUUUUUUACAUCCAGCCAGGGGGACCUCGCCGCAAGGUCUCCAAGUUUGCCAUCCAGGUCCGAAUUUGCUGAAACGAAAAGGACCCGAUUUGAAACCAUUUUCGGAGCCAUGCGGGACAGAAUGUUACAUGCAUUUGGAAGGAAUGAAGGAGAAGCUGGCGGCUCAAGCAGCGGACACGAAAGAAGAGGAGGGCGAUGAAAAACGCGGUGGUCCUAGAAAGGUACGAAAACAAGCAAGCGUCGAUUCUGGAAACGAAGCGAGCAGCGAGGAUAGCAACGAUAGCAAUAAGUAUGGACAAGGAGGCAGUUGUCAAGAUUUUAAGCAAAACGUUAAUAAAAACUCCAAAUCUGAAGAAAUGAUGGAAGAUCAAGCGCAACCUGAAAAUCAGACGCCCUUCACACUGUUAGGAAUUGGUAAACGAAUUAAGACAGAAAGCGAAUUCUCGUGGACAGGCUCAGAACAGAGCCUAUUCCGAGCUCUUCAUAAAGCUUUUCCUGGUAAUCCUUGUGCAUUAGCACAAAUUAUGUUAACAAAAACUUGUCAAGAGGUGUAUGAAUUCGCACAAAAAGAGGCUUCGGAUAUUCCUGCUAUAGAAAAUUUGAAGGACUUUACACCACCGCGCAAAAAGAAAAAGAAGCACCGGUUAUGGUCCAUGCACUGCAGAAAGAUACAACUUAAAAAAGAUUCUGGUGCUAAUCAUGUGCAUAAUUUCGCGCCUUGCGAUCAUCCAGGCCGUCAAUGCGACAACUCAUGUCCUUGCAUACAGGCGCAGAAUUUCUGCGAAAAAUUCUGUCAGUGCAGCAGUGAGUGCCAAAAUCGAUUUCCUGGUUGUAGGUGUAAAGCUCAAUGCAACACAAAGCAGUGCCCGUGUUACUUGGCUGUGAGGGAAUGUGAUCCGGAUCUUUGUCAAACUUGUGGCGCUGAUCAAUUUCACAUCACUAAAAUAUCUUGCAAGAAUGUCAGCGUGCAACGUGGUCUUCACAAGCAUCUUUUGAUGGCACCUUCAGACGUAGCAGGUUGGGGGAUUUUCUUGAAAGAAUCUGCAGCAAAGAAUGAAUUUAUUUCGGAAUACUGCGGCGAAAUUAUCAGUCAAGAUGAAGCCGAUAGAAGAGGAAAGGUGUACGACAAAUAUAUGUGCAGUUUUCUCUUUAAUCUCAAUAAUGAUUUUGUUGUUGAUGCAACAAGAAAAGGAAAUAAAAUAAGAUUCGCCAAUCAUUCUAUAAAUCCCAAUUGUUACGCAAAAGUAAUGAUGGUAAACGGUGAUCAUAGAAUAGGUAUUUUUGCAAAAAGAGCAAUUCAACCUGGCGAAGAAUUAUUUUUCGAUUACAGAUAUGGACCGACAGAGCAACUUAAAUUUGUUGGUAUCGAGCGAGAAAUGGAAUUUCUUUAAGGAUUUAUAUUAUACAUAUAAAUAUAAAAUAUACAUCAUAUAUGCAUAUAAGUAAUACAGCUGAAAUAUUGGGAAUGAAAUAAAUACGAAAUGAACAUUUGUUUGACUCAUUUAUUAAUGUAAUAAAGAAAUUUUUUUUUGAUUUUAUAAGUUAAAAA